GGUUAUUGCCAUUUUUCUUGUGGAAUCUGGGAUGGCUUAACGAGGUUGUUUAUCUGUAUUUGUUACAUUACAUCAGUUGUCAGAUUGGAGCUGAUUUUAAAAUUACUUCUUUUUUUUUCCAUGUAGUAUUUGCUCCAAAUUCACUUUAUAUCCGAUGAAAACGCUCAAAUUGAACCCUUGACUUGUUUGUAUUCUAUUCUUGAUGUUACAUCCAUACUCUUAGUAGUUGCUGCAUACAUAAGUUUUGUUGUUGUUCCGAAAGCUCUUAGAUAAGUUCAACUGUUAUGGUCUUAGUUGAAGCAAGGAAAAGCCCGGAGAACCUAUAGCUUCAGUUCAAAACAUGGUAGGAUAUAGAUAUUGACUGCUUUCUUAGUUCACUCCUACAAUGAAAUCAGGUUUCAAAAAUGGUUGGCCCUCUGUUGUGCGUCUUCGUCUUAGAGACAAAUCAGUGACCCCCUUCUGCAUAUUCUCUAAAGUGAAAUCCGCCGGCAACAUACCAGGGAACACACCUGUCUAUCUCAAUGUCUAUGAUUUGACAACAGUAAAUGGUUAUAUGUAUUGGGCUGGCCUUGGUAUUUUCCACUCUGGUGUUGAAGUUUAUGGAGUAGAAUAUGCAUUUGGAGCCCAUGACUAUCCAACAAGUGGUGUCUUUGAGGUUGAACCUCGGCAGUGUCCUGGCUUUAAGUUUAGGAAGUCCAUAUUCAUGGGAACUACUAAUUUAGAUCCCUUCCAGAUUAGAGAGUUCAUGGAACGUCAGUCUGCAAAUUACAAUGGUGAUACUUAUCAUUUGAUUGUCAAGAACUGCAACCAUUUCUGUGAGGAUAUUUGUUACAAGCUAACAGGAAAUUCUAUACCAAAAUGGGUCAAUCGUCUGGCAAGAAUAGGUUCCUUCUGCAACUGCAUACUCCCUGAUGCUCUUAAAACUUCCACUGUUGAGCAUGAUCCAAACUUUCAAGGGUGUGAUAGUGAGAAAAGAAGACUGAGAACUGCUUUCAGUUGCUUGUCAUCAAUCUCAAUGCCUCAUAAGGAAGUUUCAAUGUCUUCAUUAUUUAUGCACUCUCACUAUAAAGGGUGCCUGCCACCAUGGGAGUUAAAGAAGUCUAAAAAGGGAAGACUAAAGCAAAAGUUAGAAGAGCAGUUCACUUCUCAGUAACUCUUCUCUGUGCUGUAGAGUAUCCAUUGCCUUUCUGGUAACUCAAUCACUGGAAAGAAAUUAUUGUUACUGCUUUCAGUUAUCUGUGCAAGUGCACUUCCUCAAGUGCAAAAUUUUCUGUUCA